UUUGCAUUCUUUACUACAAGGUCUGCAAUGUUGCCGAUGUCGAACCCUUCAGCUAAUCCCACACAGCUUACAAUUUUCUAUGGUGGAUCAGUAUGUGUGUAUGACUCGGUGCCACCAGAAAAGGCUCAGGCAAUCAUGCUUAUAGCUGCAGCUGCGGCAGCUGCGGCAGCCACCAAAGGCAGUGCUGCCACUGCUUUUAAUCCUCCAAUGGUACAUACAGCCACUGUCGCCCCAGCAGCAGUCUUCUCUCCUGUGCUUACACGGUCUCCAUCACUGCAGAGCACUUCUGUAGCAGCUGGACAAGCUCAGGUUGUUGCUGACCCUAGCUCAAUAAGCAAGCUUCAGGCUGAUCUCCCCAUUGCCAGGAGGCACUCUCUCCAGCGCUUCCUUGAGAAACGUCGUGACAGGGUCGUGAGCAAAGCUCCGUACAGCCCCGCCAAGUCGUUCGAUGGCAUGGAGUCAGCGGGAAUGGAGAUGACUGUGGACGGCAAGCAGGGCGCAAGGCCCAGUAUCUUGAAAGGUUGGGGAGCCGCGAAGUCUGAAGUCUGAACGGUGAAAGCGUAGCCCCGCGGGAGCGUGGCGUUGUCUGGGAA